AGCUGCGUUCUCUCCACCAACCAAGCCUGUCUCCUAACUAAAUUUCUCACCGUUAUUCGACCCUCAUAUAUUUCAUGAACUAGUCGGCCAUGAGUGUAUGUGUCUUUCAGCUUUCCGGAUGCCCAGUACAAUUCCGAGGAGGCAGCGGAUAGAGCCGCCAUAUCAGAUCCACUGGAGAUGGCCUGAGCGGGCACAUCUGGAGGUUGCGGCAAGUGAUGGAUUCCUGGCCGGUUUUUCUCUACAAAACUCGGAUGCAAUCCCCAAACCCCAAACUACCGCAGCCAUCUCGCUCAAUAGAGACUCGGCUGGAAGUGCGCACUCGGUGGCUCUAACUGGCUCUGUGUAGCACACAUCCAUCUUGAGAUAUCAGAUCGGAGGCGGGGCGGACCUGCAGGACACUUAUCCAGCCGUUUGGAUCUGAUCUGUCCCGGACUCCCGUACCCUCCAACCCAUUGUUAACGUGCCUCUCGUGUUUUCUCACACCCGUCAUUGAGACCCGGGAACCCCCAUCACCCCGCAGUCGCGUGGGUUACGCCUGCCAGACUGGUAAAGGCCCUCGAAUCACCUGCAUCUCUAUCCCAGAGAGGCAGGGCAAAGACAGGCAUAUGUCGUCGUCAGGUGGCAGGCAAGGUCCAUUGGCCCCAGCACCAGCAGACAAACCAGACGCGCCAGAUUUACAAUCCAUCCCACUCCAACCUCUAGUGCCGGGUUCCGCUGCUGAGAGAGAAGGCGAAGGCCCCACGCCGUCACCGGCCUCUCAGUUUUCCAUCCACAGCCCCUCCAUCCACAACCACGCCAGGGAAUCAGAUCAAAGCCAGGUCACUCUCCUCCCUGUAGAUUCCCAUGGCAGCAGAUCCAGAUUUACGACGAAUACGCCUACCGCUGCUGACGAGAGCGACAGCGACAGCGACAGCGACAGCGACACCUACAGCGAGCCUGUCUCAGUAUCUGGUUUUGGAUACGACGAUUUUGACGAAAACGAAUUUUACGAACUUGAAAACUUCAGCCAACAACCGGCACCCAUGACGCAGGACAUGCCCUCACUCCGCUCGACGGCGGGCUUUCAGAGCCCCUCGUACGGCUCCAUUACACCAAGAGGAUCCAAUGAGUCUAUACCCGAUCCUGAAGUCGAGGGCAGCGCUCCGCACCAAAGACAAGAGUCUUCUGGAUAUGGUAGCAGACGAUCGACACGCGAUUUUGAGUCGCGGCGACGGCGCACCAGCUCCCAAGCUAGGUCGCUGUCGGUGACUAUGAGAAAGUCGUCGCGCCAGUCGCUGGGAAGCUCGACUACUGUUGGAGGACUGGAAGGCCGAUUUGGAACCACCGAGACGUCGCUGUUGAACGAUUUGACAGAGAAUCAUACGGCAACGGCGGAUGAGAUGGACGAUGACGAUUCGAGGUCCUAUAUCUUCGAGUCGGAGAUUGACGAGGGUGAUGAGAACGACCCCCCAGACAACUCUCCCUAUGCCCAAGUCAGGGCUUCCGUUGCGCCGACCGACAACACAAGUCUUUCCAUCAACACACCACGUAUGUGGGCUUUGUCCAUACUUUUUUCCUUUCUCGGAUCUUCUACCAACUUGUUUUUCUCCUUAAGAUACCCCAGUGUUGCUAUCACACCCGUCAUCGCAUUGCUACUUGUACAUCCCCUCGGUCUCUUGUGGGACUAUCUUUUAAAACGGUCCGACGAUCCACCGGAUGAGUACGUCGAUGGCUUUCGAAGCGAGAAUGCCUCCAUAUAUUCAUCCGAGUAUCCGUCACCACACAUCAUUCCAUGGGAGCGAAGAGGCGUAUUGGACAAGAUUCGGCUUUGGCUUUCUCAGGGUCGUUGGAACGAAAAGGAGCACAGCUGCGUCUAUGUCAGCAGCAACGUAUCGUUUGGAUUUGCUUUUGCAACAGACGUCAUCGUUGAGCAAACGCAGUUCUACAAGCAGGAGGCUAGCAUCACCUAUCAAAUCCUCCUCACCCUUUCAACCCAAAUUUUGGGUUACACGUUUGCCGGGCUCACACGGCGAUUUUUGGUCCGACCAAGCGGCAUGAUUUGGCCCGGGACGCUUAUGUCGGCAGCCAUGUUUACGACGCUCCAUAAGGAGGAGAAUAAGGAGGCCAAUGGCUGGCGGAUUAGCAGAUGGAAGUUCUUUUAUGCCGUCUGGUUUGGUGCCUUUGUCUUUUAUUUCCUUCCUGGGCUCCUGAUGCCAGCCCUAAGCUACUUCAACGUCAUCACGUGGUUUGCCCCCAAGAAUGUGGUGGUUGCCAACCUGUUUGGCGUCGUGUCAGGUCUGGGACUGUUUCCCAUGACAUUUGAUUGGGCUCAGAUUGCCUACAUCGGGUCACCUCUGCUUACCCCGUUCUGGGCAGCCAUGAAUGUGGUCGGCGGCUUGGUGAUUGUGAUGUGGAUCAUCGCACCAAUUGCGUACUACAGCAACUGGCUGUACUCUUCAUACAUGCCGAUUCUGUCAGCAGCCGUGUUUGACAAUACUGGUAGCGUUUACGACGUUGGCAGAGUUCUUACCAAAGACUUUCUGUUCGACAGGGAGGCUUAUUCAAAUUAUAGUAGGGUGUUUCUGCCCAUCACCUAUGUGCUUAGCUACGGCGUUCAGUUUGCCGGGCUUGCAGCCCUCAUCACACACACGGUCUGCUGGCAUGGAAAGGAUAUCUGGAGACAAUGGAAGCGGUCAGUUGAGGAGGCUUCGGCGGAAACCAAAGGCACCUACGAGCCUGUGGCCGGUGUGCACGAGGACCGACCCCGGAGGGGAUCCGGCCGUGGUCGGGUACCAGCAACGGAACCAGCCAGGUCGUCUCUAAGUAUCGACAACCUCAUGACUCGAGAGGAUGUUCACAACCGCCUGAUGAAGAGAUACAAAGAUGCCCCCAUGCUUUGGUACUUGAUAACGUUUGUGUCGAUGACCGCCGUGGGUAUUUUUAUUGUUGAAUACUACCCUAUUCACCUUCCCUGGUACGGCCUCCUCCUUGCCCUGGGCAUUUGCAGCGUCCUCUUCAUCCCCAUUGGGAUCAUCAUGGCUGUCACCAACCAGCACAGCAGUAUUUAUCUGAUCUGCCAGCUCGUCGCCGGCGCACUCUUUCCCGGCCGUCCGGUAGCCAACAUGGUUUUUGUAACCUACGGUUACAUCUCCUCGGCCCAGGGCAUCAAGUUUGCUGCUGAUCUCAAGCUUGGCCACUACAUGAAAAUCCCACCCCGGAUAUUGUUCGCUGUCCAGAUGGUUGCCACCAUUGUGUCGUCGUUGACUCAAAUCGGCGUUCUCAACUGGAUGUUUGUCAACGUACCUGGGAUUUGCACCCCGCAGGCAAUCAACGGGUUCACCUGCCCAAUCGCACGAGUGCACUUCAACGGGUCGAUUCUCUGGGGCGUGGUAGGGCCGUCGGAAUUCUUUGGACCUAACGCCACAUAUCGGCCAUUGGUUUGGGCAUUUGCCGUCGGUGGGAUUUUGCCUAUUCCGCUGUGGCUAUACGCACGCAAGAGAAAGGACUCCAUCGUUCGCAAGAUCAAUCUUCCGGUCUUGUUCGGAUCACUCGGAUGGAUUCCCCCGGCGACGGGCUUGAACUUCUCGGUUUGGGCUGUGGUGUGCUACGUGUUCAAUUACCUCAUCAAGAACCGAGCCGGAGCCUGGUGGGCGAAAUAUACCAUGACGAUGAGCGCCGCUCUGGAUUCUGGCCUUGCCUUUGGGAUAGUAGUGGUGUUCUUUGGUUUCAUCUAUCCGGGCUGGAUGAAGGGCUUCUCUUGGUGGGGAACAGAGGUGUACAAGCAGGGCUGUGACUGGCAGGCUUGCAGCUAUUUGGAGGUGCCUGAUGGAGGCAGGUUCGGGCCUGAUAGAUGGUGA